CGGGACCCAUCUUGGCGUGUCUGCGUUUUUCUUAAUUCAUCGUCGCAUGUUACACUAUGGAUAAUGUUGAACGGACUCGUGGUGUGACAGGCUUGUGUGACGUGUGUGGAACAAAUUUUAAUACAAGAAAAAGCUUGUACCGACAUAUGAGGGUGAAGCAUCGCAAGAAUAUUUAUGUACAGCGUAGGAAAGAAAUAUGUAAUAUUUGCGACAAGUUUGUAACAGACGUAAACAAACACAUGAAGAGACACAAUUUCGCGUCUGGAAAGUACGCUAUUAAGAUAUUAAGCAAAAACCAUGUUUUUUAGAUGACAUGUACCGAGUGCAAUACAUUUAGAUGCUCUCGGAGGCAAGAACUGAUACACCAUUUGGAGUGUGUUCACCAACAGAAAAUGGAGUGCAAAAAAAUGACAUUUAAUUCUGUGGAAGAGUUCUUUCUGUGGAAGGAACAGAUGGAAGCUGAAGAGGUUUCCUUCAUAAGACCAAGGGGAAAACAGGAAUGUGAUUAUUUUGUUUCCACCGUUCUGGAUAUGCUGACAAAACAGCUUCAGGCAGAAGGUUAAGGGAACCUUCAAUCAAAAUUGGUGGCACCUGCCCUGCCUGUUUGGUAGUCAAAAAUGUGUCAUCUAACAUGGUUAAUGUCAAGUUCUACAGGACACACACAGAACACAGUCUCUCUGUGGGUAGCCUACAUCUGACCACAGCUGACAGGGCAAUGGUUGCUGAAUUAAUUGCACAAGGUGUUCCUGAUACUGCAAUUUUGAAGAAAGUGAGAGAGAGCAUUCAAGUUGGACUCUUCAGAAGAGUUCAUCUUUUAAGCAAACAAGAUAUUAGAAAUAUUAGGAAAGAAUACAAGCUGGACGAUAGUAGUGCACACCAAGAUGAUGCAACCAGUGUUGAUCUGUGGGUGAGACAACAAGAGCGCCUAGGGAAAGAUUCCCCAGUGAUUUAUUACAAAGCCCAAGGCACUGAGGAUAAUGGAAACAAAUUAUCAGAAAGUGACUUUAUGAUAAACCUUAUGACUGAGUAUCAGCAAAAAAUGGCAAAAAAAUUCUGUGCAGAAAAAGUUUUGAUAGACAGCACACAUGGCACUAAUAGGUAUAAAUUUUAUCUGACCACACUGUUGACCGUGGCUGAAUUUGGUGCUGGAUGUCCAGUUUCUUAUUGCCUCAGUACACAUACUGACACAAGGUCCAUGCAAGUUUUCUUUGAGCAGAUUAACAAAUGUAUUGGAAACAUCAAAACAAAGGUAUUCAUGUCUGAUGACUGUGACAGCUACUACAGUGCCUGGAGUGUAGUUAUGGGCCAUAGUGAACAUAGGUUGUUAUGUACCUGGCACGUUGAUCGGGCAUGGAGACGGAAUAUAUGUGCAAAAGUAAAUGGGAAUUCAAUGCUGAAGAGUACUGUACACAAAGCUCUGAACACUUUGCACUUACGGACAGAUAGAGAGAAAUUCUCAGAGCUGCAUGAUGGCUUUCUUACUUGGUGUGUAGAGGAGGAAGGAACUGAGGAGUUUGGCAAGUACUUUAAAGAUAGAUAUUCAUGGAGGGCACAUAUGUGGGCAUACAGCUACAGAAUUGGACUUGGCCUUAAUACAAAUAUGUUCUUAGAAGCAAACCAUAAAACUCUUAAAUACUCAUACUUACUGAAGAAAAUAAAUAAGAGAGUAGAUAAAUGUAUCCAGGCCCUGUUCCACAGAACGAGGGACUCACUUUUUCAAAGAUUAAUAAGGCUUUGUAAGGGGACAGAGAGAACUACACGCAGUGCUGAAAUAAGAGUCACAGAAGAGGUUGUGGUAUCAAUAAGGAACUGAUACACUGCGUUGAAGAUGGCACAUGGCAUGUAAACACCCUUUCUGAUCGGCCCCCAUAUACUGUCACCUAUACAGAGAACUCUUGCACUGCAUGCCCAUUGUCCUGUCCUGAGUGCAAGAUCUGUGUACACAGUUAUGUGUGUUCUUGCACAGACAAUUUGAUCAAGGGUAACCUCUGUGAACACAUUCAUGCAGUGGAAAUCAGCAAAGGAACUGUAAAGCUCCCUACGCAAGACAGGUUCUGCAGAGAGUCAUCUGUGCAGGAGUUAACACAAAUAGUUGCUCAGCAGACUUCAGAUGCUGGCAGCACUGUUGACUACCGAGCUGCUUUGGAAGACAGGCUGACUAUUGUGCAACAAUUAGCAAGAAUUGCUAACAGCGAAACUGCUGGCUCUCUCCUUGCAUCAUUUGGUAAAUUAAUUAAAGAAAUGAGGGCAGGGCAUUGCAUCGCAAAAAGAACUCGUUGGUCUGCAUUUUCCAGUAACUUGAGCUCCACCAAAUGAGACAUGCAGGAUUCAGAAACAGUUCCAAUCAGUAAGGAAGACAUGUGAAAAGAAGGAACAUUCAUUUGCAACACCAUCCUGUGCAGAAAUUGAGGCCAUUAUACAAGACCUCUUGGGGAGUGGAAACAGUAGCUGAGACCAUGUAUAUGCAAAAGACAAGUAAGGAAACCAUCCAAUAGCUCUGAGAAUUUUUCUUUUUGUGCUUGUAAGUGCAGGGUUUUCAGCACAGUGUACACAGUACUCUUCAGCAUUGAAUUGCCAUUUACGUUUUGCGCAUGUCCUCUGUCUCCACUUCUGGCCAGCAUGCGAGGCACACAACCUGUGGUCAGUAUAACCCAUAACUACACUCUCCUGGCAUUGUAGUAGCUGUCACAAUCACCAAACUAUAUUGAUAAAGGGUCGACAGAAGCGUCCGAUCCCACGCGUCUGCUUUGACCCGUCACGUAAGGGUGUUGUGUGUGACGUCAUGACGGCGCGGAGUUUGGUUUGAGUGUGGCAGUCUCCAGUUCUGUUUUAUCUUAUUUUAUUUACUUUUCUGAUCUGUUCGUUCUAUCUCGUGAGAUUUUUUUUAAAAAAAAGACAAAAAACACUAAUCAGCUACUGAAGCAUCUUUAUCUUCUACGGGUUGCUGGGGUUACGACCCCUGGGGAGGUGGGUGGGUAUUCAUGCAUGGCUGUCUUCACUUACACGUUGUAGCUACGCAAGGCGUCUAAAUUUGUUUAUAUUUAGUUUGCCCCCCACCCAAAACACCCCAUUUCCCGCGCUUGUCCCGUUAGUGUCAUUAGGCUUCUUGUGGAAAGUGUGUGUGUUUGUUUUUGUUUCCGCCAUAUUUGUGAUGUCAUGGGUCAAAGCAGACGGGCGGGAUCGGACGCUUCCGUAUUUCCCUGAUAAAAGCUUUGUUGAUGAGACUGUUGUCUUGUGUUUGGUGUUUCUAGUAAACUUUUUUAUCUGAUCUAAGAAAAACCUGCAUAGGCCAAGCUUAGUGUGUGUAGUGAGGCAGUAAAUAACAGGGGAUCUUGCACCAGAUUCAUCCACAGUCAACAGUGGUGUUACACAGCACACUUGCACUAAUAGGUAUAAUUUCUUCUCAAGAUUGUAGCAUUAGAACACCAUAUGCAAUUAACUCGGGAACAUUUGCUCUUUCAGCUGUAGGCUACCAACAGAGAGAUUGUGCUUUGUACAUGCUAUAUAGAACUUUACACUAACCAUGCCAUAUUACAUCCUGUAAGGCUAUGAAAGAGGCACCACAGCUGUGACCAUAUUCUGAGCUGCUCGUUACAUUACAUUAAAUUAAUACUUAUUCCAUAGUUCAUGAAUACUACAUUUCAUAAUGGAAUGUUUUUGUUACAGUUUUUUUUUUUU